GAUGUAACCAAACAUCUGACCAUCGAUAACCAGUUGCAAAAUUGAAUCUGUUCCUUGACAUGGGAAAAUUUGCUGCAAGAAUAUAGCCGGUUAAAUUAACAUUUUGGUGUAAAUAUAUCUAUUUCAUCUAUUUGAACGUUUCAAGAUGAAUAUUGUUACGAGAAUUUUUAACAACAGCACGUCAAGAAGGUUGUCAUUAGGAUUAUAUCUCUGUCGUGGCUUCGCAACAUCCAAAGAGGCGAUUGAAAAAUUAGUUACACACAAUAAAGUUGUUGUUUUCAUGAAAGGCGUGCCUCAAGAGCCGCGUUGUGGAUUUAGUAAUGCUGUUGUGCAGAUAUUGAGAAUGCAUGGGGUGAACUACGAUUCCCAUGAUGUUUUGAAAGAUGAAGAAUUGCGACAAGGAAUAAAAGAUUUCAGCAGUUGGCCCACAAUCCCACAAGUAUUUAUAAAUGGAGAGUUUGUCGGAGGAUGUGACAUUCUCUUACAAAUGCAUCAGAGUGGUGACCUCAUUGAAGAAUUAAAAAAGGUUGGCAUUAAAUCUGCUUUAUUGGAAGCUGCUUCGAGCGAAAGUGCAGAACCUGCAGAGAAAAAGAAAUGAGAAUAUUAAGGUGUCAUAGAUGCUUUAUGUACAGUCAACAUGUUUUUAUGUUCCCUAUGUAAAUAUGAUUUUCAAAAUAAAUUAUAUAUUUAUUGCAGUUUAAUGCAAUGUAUUGAACUUGAAGUCGAAAUCACAUUUAUGAAACCCCUCAAUUCUGUAGUAAAGCAUAGUCACAAAAAUAAAUUGCUGAUAUAAUUAAAUUGAAGUGGCAUUUAAAUUUAAUAAGCAUUUGCAUAGAACAAGCAAUAUCACCUUUUUAAUAUUUUAUUAUACUCUAUCAUUACUUGAUGUUCUUGUUCUUAUAAUUUAAAUAUAUAUAAAUAAAAAGAAUAUUUAUUCAUAAUGAAUGUGAUGUGAUCUACAUUUAAUGAACGUUAGUGUAACAAUUCCUCAUUUGUUUUAGCUAUAAGGGGACUGUAGAAGAACAUGUAAGGACAACACAAACACACACACACAUCCAUGCAUAAGGCAGGAUUCAAACCCACAGCCCUUCAGCCUUAGUAACCUCGUCUAUCCAGGCUGGCAUUUAUAAUUUUAUUUCAGAAAUCUCAAUUAGACAAAUUCUGCGUCAGGGGAUUCGUCCAAAUUAGUUAAAUGCUAAACCACAAUAGAAAUUUGUGCUUCAAAAGCAGACAGUAAGAUUCUAUUCAUGAGGGGAAAAAGCGCAGAAAUUAAUUUAAGAGAAUAUCUAGAGUGGAAUACAUUAUUAUUAUUAUUAUUAUUAUUAUUAUUAUUAUUAUUAAGGCCCAGAAUUCAUGUUUAAAAUUAUGAACUUUAUAAUGUGCUAAUUAUCAAAGGUCCACAAAACAAUCGAACGGAAAGAAAUUCUGGGAUUUUAUUUAGCAUAUUAGUGCAUUUGUGUUAAUGCAUCAUUCUUCCAUUAUAUUUCAGUUCUUAGUCAUAUUAUACUGUUUUUUUGUUCUUGAUGUGGCAUAUUUUUCUUGAAAUUUCAGUUACUAUGCAUAUCUGUUUUCUCAUACCGAUAAGAGUACUUCAUACAUGUUAAUACGAAUGCGGUUCAUGAAAAACCAUGGGAAUGUCUUUUGUUCGUUACUGCAGUGUUUGCCCGAACUAAUUGUCCCAUUAUUAAUGAUGUGAUAAUUUUUUUGGGUAAAGAAUGAGCGGCAUUGGAAUUGAUACAGAUGAAAUUAUUAUAUUUUACUUUAAAAAUUAUCGCUGGAGUACAAAGUCGAGACAAAAGAAAGUUUUGUAAUUGUUCACGAGUACAGAAAACUUAAUUGUUAGAGUAUAUUUCAUUAGUUCUAGCACGUAUUUUACAAAUGCUAAAGCAUAUUUGCAUACAUAUUUCUCAUUUUGAUACAUUAACAUCGGAGCCUUAAUUAUAUUCAAUGUCACUUGGCAAAAGAAAGUAUAUGAAAUAGGAAAGUCAGGAACCUUAGAAGAAUUAUCGAGUGCACAAAGCAGUAUCAUUUUCAGGGAAAGCUGCUGCAAGUGAUGAUUCUGAUCAUGAUAAUAGUAAUGAAAUAUCUACAUUUUCUGCUUUGUAGUUAACACAUGUAAGUGACACGUAAAUGUGUUAAUGAGUAUGUUACCAAGUACAACUGACUAGAAGCUGUUCAUUUGACACAGACUCAUUUGCACAAGUUGUUUAACAGUUUUCUAUUUCUUAUUCAAAUAAAUACGUUUAUAGGCAAAAACUUGUAAAUCCAAUGUUUUACAUGGCUGUAUAAGACAGCUAUUCAGAUACAUGAGGGCCUAAAUCUAAUCGUACACAGGCAAUGCUCUCUUCUAUCAUUGCAUUAAGACUAUAAACAAUCCCUGGGCAAAAUGGAGGAAAAAUCACUAAUUCUUACUAAAGAGGCCAUUAUUUUUACAAAGCUAAAGCAUUUUGUUUUAUUUACUUAAAAUAUUAAAUGAAACGCCAAAGAAACAAACUGAAAGCUCAAAAACAAAAUUUAGGUUUCAGUAAAUCUUGUUGGCAAUACAUUGAAUAUUUAAAUGACUAUUAGUUUUAGCAUGUUCAAAGAAUUUUAAGCAAAAAUUUAUUUGAAUUUUACAUAAAAAAUUGGUUCAUGGGAGGGGGACGAUCAAAUGUAGUGUAUUUUGCAAAUGAUAGCUAAUGGUCAAGACCGUUGGGACAUACUUAGCCAACUGUAGGUGAACCAAUUUUCAAGUUAAAACGGUAGAAAAUAUUAACUUGUAUUUCUCCAAACAUGUAGACUAAUCAAUAAAAUGAAAAAAUUAAGUUUGUCAGCAUGGGUUAUUGAAUUCCCAAACUAUUUUCCUUUCAAGUUUCCUGCUUGUUUUUAUAGCAUUUUAAUUAAGAUUUUUCAGGGAGGGGAGGGUAUGCAUACACAAUUCACCUUAAUUAAAAUAACAAUCAUCCAAAAUGUACUCACACAUACACACACUUUGAUGUAAAGUUCAUGCCAUUUUCCACUGAAGACACCAAGUUCACAUCCAAGAUCCUUUAUUGUACCAUGUACAGAAUAUAUAUUAUAUAAUUUUAUGUAUAAAAACAUACUGUAAGGUCCAAGUUAUCUUAUUUUGAGUGCAGUUCAAGCACCAGACAAUGCCUUGAACACAAUAUUUAUUGUACCAUUCAAUAAACUAUCAUUCAAGU